AAGGAGAAGAAGGAGAAGAAAGAGAAAGAAGGCCCUAAAAGAGCUCUGUCUGCUUACAUGUUGUUUUCUGAGGACAAGCGUCAAGAGCACAAGGAUGCUGGCAAUACGACGCCUCUGAAAAUGGCAGAACUUGCGGCCAUGUGGAAGGAACUUGGUGAUGAGGCCAAAAAACCAUGGGUGGAUAGAGCUGAAGAGUUGAAGGCCCAAUACAAGGAACAGAAAGAACAGUUCGACGCUGAGAAAAAGGCUGCUCAGGGCAAUAAACCCAAGAAAGCUAGGAGCGCAUACAUCAUCUUCGUAUCCGAGACGAGGGCUAAGGUCAAGGAAGAGCAUCCCGACAUGGAGCCAAAACAUGUCUUAACGUUGUUGGGGAAGAUGUGGAAGGAUUUGAGCAUUGAGCAAAAAGCCGAUUAUGAAAAGAAAGCGAAGGAGGAGAAGGAGAAGAAGCAACAGGAAAAGGAUGGUACAAGUCCCGCGGAAGAGAAUCCCCAAACCAAUGAAAACUCUGAGGACAAAAUGGAGGAUGCAGAGGAAGAUCAGGCGGAG